AUGGUCGCACCCAUGCUCAUGCACGCCCUCAAGGCCGCCGCGACGGGCGCGGCCCUCGCCAUCUACUACACACCGCUCCAAACAGCAAGAAAAAUACGCCGGGACCAGAACGUCGGCGCGCUCUCGCCGCUGCCCUUCGCCUGCAUCGUCGCGAACUGUAGUGUGUGGGUGCUGUACGGUAUUAUAGGUAGGGACUGGGUGCCCAUGGUCGCGAGCAACGCCGUCGGCGUCGCGAGCGGCGCCUACUGUUUGGGCGUGUUCAUCCGCUUCGCGAAGCCGCCCGCCAAGACGUUCGCAACGCAGCUGCGGUUACUGGUGGCGGGCUUCGCGGUCUUCGUAGCAUUACAGGCGCGGCUCGCGGCGUGGCGCGGCGCACCAAAAAAGGUCCACCACUCGUCGCCCUACCCGCUCGACGUCGACGGGGAGACGCGCGACGCGCUGGGCCUGCUGGGCGUCGGCGCGUGCGUCGUCAUGUUCGCCUCGCCGCUCUCAACGCUCGCGACGGUCUGGCGGACGCGGUCGACGGCGUCGCUCGUCCCGGCCGUGACGGUGGCGUCCGCGGCCUGCUCCGUGCUCUGGGCCCUCUACGGUCUCCUCGAGGGCGACGCGUACGUCUGGGGCCCGAACGUCGCCGGCGUUUUAUGUUCGGCGGCGCAGGGCCUGCUCUUCCUCCUGUUCGGGUGCCCCAAGGUGGCACCGGCUGAGGACCUCGUGUGA